AUGAUUUAUGCGUUGCAGGAGGUACUUGCAAACUCAUGGAUCUCUGUGUUAUAUACGCCUUCGAAGAUCGAAGCCUUGCUCGGAAGCCGAGCAGAAAGUUGUUCUGUGGUCUUUCUCAAAACCAACUCCCCCCCCGUGUUCUUGACAGAAUCCGACUCUGACGGUUCUGCACUGUCUGAACUACUUGAACCCAGGCCGGAGCGCAUAUGGAGCCCCUGGAAAGAUCAGCCUAUGCCGUCCGGGUGUCACAGUUUGAUGCUGGAGUUCAGUUGUGACUCAGAUGCGGAGGAUUUUAUCUAUGCAUGCCGCAGUGGUCUGAGCUUGGAUUAUUCUCCGAAGCCUAGCAUUCGUAUUCGCGACAAUCUCUUUUCUCCCGAGAUCUUGAAGGACUUGGACAAAUUCCUUUCCAAGCUACAGUUCGAGCUUGCCUUUGAGAUAGAGAAAACGAUUACACGGUCUAUCCUGAGUGCCCUCGAGGUCCUCUCGAUGAAGCGCGAGAUCACCAACCUUCAGCGGGACCACGGCCAUCAUGCUUCACAGAUAUUCCAUUUGUUCGCAUCUCUGGUUGAAGAUGGAGGCCCGAGUGGCAGGAAGCGGCGGAGACCUGCCUUAUCCACUGCAGCUGAGCCGUGGGAGAACUACCAGGUAGCUUUGACUUUGCUGCUCCGUCAAGCCGUCAAGCAUUUUGUCGAGGAGCAGCAAAGACCUCGUCCCGCUGUGGCGUUACCACUAGUUGAGAGUACAGUGGACGCUGCAUACCUUUGCUAUCACCUUAUAUUUACGCCGACAAGGCACAUUCUGGAGGGGCCUCUUCCUGAUCAGUCCAACAGUGUACUCCGCCGCUUUGGGCAUCACGAGUGUUUUCUGCGGGUCUCAUUUCAGGACGAGAAUCAGACGAAAUUGCGUCGGAAUACCGAGUUCUCUAUCGUUGGGUUGCUCAGGAAAAGGUAUCACCCACUUCUGCUCAAUGGGUUACGCAUCACUGGGCGUCCAUACGAGCUGCUCGGAUACUCCAUGAGUGGGUUGCGCGAGCAUUCUGUGUGGUUUGUCACCCCCUUCGAGGACAGAAAUGGGCAGCGGCAGAAUGCCCAAACUAUUCGGAAUAGCUUGGGAGACUUCUCCCGUAAACAGGGACGACCGACUCUUCUCCUGCGUCAGCCUGCACGCCUAAGUGCACGAUGGGCUCAGGCUUUCUCAGCCACGGAUCCAUCUGUUACUCUUCGCCCCGACCAAAUAGAUCUAGAUUUCCCUGAUAAGAUAUCAGAGACCGGUCAACUUAUGACGGACGGGUGUAGUCCUAUAUCUGUCGACUUAGCUCGCGACAUCUGGAGGUCUAUGCAGAUAGCCAAGAAGAGGUCUGCCAAGUUUCAGGGUGUCCCUUCUGCCUUUCAGUUUCGUCUUGGCGGAGCCAAAGGCGUUGUCGUACAGGACCCAUCUAUUCCUGGCAAGUGCCUUCGCCUUCGGCCAUCUCAGAUCAAGUUCGAUGCCCCGGAUGACCUCACAUUUAAUGUUCAAUCGACGUCAUCACAGCCGAAGGCCAUGUUCCUCAAUCGACCUCUCAUCGUUCUCAUGGAGUACCUCCAGGUAGAUUGUGAUCGUAUAAUUCAGCUGCAGGACAAUGCUAUUCGCAGAGCUCAAUCGGUUCGCUCGUCAUUCAUCAAUGCCUCAAAGGUCUUCGAACAGCAUGGAUUAGGCGAGACAUUCCACUUACCAACCCUCUUUCGUAAUGUGUCAUCCAUUUUGCACCUUAGGAUGAUGGACGGCAUAGAGGAGGGAGCUCUUGGCUGGGCUAAUGAUCUUGUUGAGGGCUCCUUGCAUUGCGCAGAGACACACAUUCUCCGCGAGCUCAAAUAUCGAGCGCACAUCGAAGUCCCGGGAUCAUAUACCCUGCUUGGGGUGUCAGAUGAGUGGGGCUGCUUGAGGGAAGGAGAGAUCUAUGCGACAGUUCAUGAUCCGAAGACCGGGCAACUGACGCCGAUAACUGGAUCGGUUGCCAUCACGCGCAGUCCCCAAAUUCACCCUGGUGACCUUCAAGUUGUCCAGGCAGUCAUUCGCCCGGAAUUGGAACACCUGACAAAUGUUGUUGUGUUUUCAUGCGAGGGCCAGCGAUCACUCGCAUCAUGUCUCGGUGGUGGGGAUCUUGAUGGGGAUGACUUCAAUAUCAUCCUUGACCCGAAGCUCAUCCCUCCAACGGUAAAACCUCCUGGAGCAUAUGAAAGUCUGCCCAUCAAAACAACUGCCCGCGAGUGCGGAAUUGCUGACGUGGUAGACUUCAUUUUUGACUACAUCGAGUCCGAUCUUAUUGGUUACAUCGCUAUCUCCCAUCUGAGAUUCUCGGAUCUCAAAGAUCCUGGCUGUGACGAGUGCCUGCAGCUUGCCAAGUUUGCCUCGCAAGCCGUUGAUUUUCCGAAGACGGGCACUCCCGUUAACUUCUUCUCUCUCCCGAGAAUUAGGAACCAGCCCAGACCUGAUUUCCUCGCCAGAGAAGGCGAUGAUCUGCAGAGCAAUCAAUACUACACAAGCAAAAAGCUGCUUGGCAUUCUUUCCCGUCGUGUUCCCGUGAAAACAUGGUAUCCAGGGUCGUGGAACAAGAGUUACCCUCCCUCUGAUUGCGCGGUGAUCAUCCGUGCGCUCUCUAGCAUAAAUCUCCCCAAUCUCGGACUUCCAGCUCAUACCAAGCCAUCCAAGGAGCUCUCUGAAGAGAUGCAACACCUACUUGAUGCAUACUGUGACCAGCUCCUCGCCAUCGCAAAGGUGCAUACUAUCACCAAAACCAAGGACGCUUACAUUUCGGAGGCGGAGCUGGUGAGCGGAACAAUCAUGGCGAACUGGUCCGACCAUCGUCGGCAGAAGGACGCUGUUUCCGCGAUGAACCUGCAGACAAGUAGGCUUGUCCGGGCAGUCAGGGCGGAGUUCCAGGAAAGCGGGUCAGCUGCUGCCAAUGAGGAUAAUUAUAAAGAAGACUACGAAGACCGAGCCUUCCGAGAAGCGGUCGACGAUGACGAAACUCCGAUGAUGUUGGAGACCUUCAAGCGCGCCUGGGCAGCAUGGUAUGUGGCCGAGAUAUCUCUUAUAGAAUAUUCAGGUGCUUUCGGCCCGCAGAGUUUUGGGCUGAUCGCGUUGGGCAGGAUGCUUGAGAUAGUGAAACGUUGUAAGAGUAGUUAG